ACCGUCGAAACUUCGCGCGCUCCCCUUACGCCACGCCACUGCUGGUGAAAGCGAGCUCGUCAACUGGCGAGCGCACAAAUGUGUGGCAAAAAUCCUCCGUCACCCUGAGUUUCCCGUCUCUCCCACACCCAACCUCAAUUGCUUCUCUCCUCUGUCUCUGAGCGAACCAUCUACUUUCGCACCUCGCCAACGCGACUUUCGACGUUCCCAAGCUUCUUGUACGACUUUAUCUCCUCCAACAGUUGUAUCUGAUCCAAUUCGACUUGUCGGGUGAUUGACCAUGUCUCAACCUGCCGACAGUCCACGCUCCGGCGCUUCAGCUCGCGGUGCCAGUCCGUUCCAGUUCAAUCCGCUCGCUCCUGAGUUUGUUGCUGGCCGUUUGGAUACUCCUACCCUUUACCAGGGUGUGGAUCCGUUCUCCAACUUCGAAGCAGCGGCGCCCCUGUAUCCCAUUACUGGCGGGGCGGACUACACCAUCCCCGGCAAUACUCAGGCUGACAUGUACCCCAUCUACGGCCAAGCAAGCCACAUGUACGGUACCUCCAACUACUCCAACGUCUACGGCGGACGCGCCGACCUUCCCUUCGGCUUUGCCAACUUCAACGACGUCGACGGCUACCCAUACCCCGGUGGCGUCAACCCUCGCUGCUCGGGUGAGCGUAGCACUCUAUUUGAGCGCCAAUCUCCCCCGGUCGAUCCUGCUCUCAUCUACGGAAACGUCUUCGGCGCUAACCGUGGUCCGGGUGGCGCUCGCAGCGCGGCCUCUGUCGCUGACGAUGUGCGCCUCCACCAUUUUCAGGAGGACCUUGGCCUGGCUGCUAGGAUCGAAGGGCACGCCCCUACUCCAAACAUGAGCGUCUCAGAUGUUGGACAAAUCACGUUUGGCCUUCGUGGUCACUCACCGUAUGAGGAGAACGAUAUUGACGAGGAUGCUGAAGGUGACAGCGAGCCGGAGGCACCUCAGACUGCCGGCCACAGCUCGCAAGUCAGCUCGCAGAACGUCCAACAGUCGACACCAGAGACGAGCCCCCAGUCUAGCUCACAGUCUGUUCAGCAGGCUACUCCGCAGGCCAGCCUUCACUUCGAUACAAUCGAAGCUGUCAUUGCCGCUGAUGCGAAGGUCGCCUGGCGCGCCCCGAGCGGCGAUAUCACCAUCCCAGGGACACCGGAGGAGAGGCGCGCAGUCGUCCUGAAGCUUAUCGAAGCUAUCAAGAACAAUAUAGACUGCAAGGGCCAGACGAGCAAGGGCUUUACCCGCCGCUGGGUAGAUAAGGACUAUUAUAACGACAUUGACCUUGAGAAGCUGGCAUGGCGCCUUCUCCAUAAUAUGCUCCAAAUCCAUGAGCACGGAUGGACUACUCCGAUCUACGACUACAUGUUAGCGCGGAGCAUCUUCCAGACGAAGGAGUGGAUAUUUCAGAACCGCUUGAACACUGUUAUUGUGCUCCUCAAGUAUUCCAAGCGUACUUGCGACGACUUGAUGAAGGACGAGAAGAUGUGGUCGGUCGUAGGCGCCCCACACAUGCUCGUGUCCCGCACCUCAAGCAACGACGCGUCCAACAAGCGCAAGGCCGUCCGCAUCGCGUUCGCCACGGAGAACAUGAAGCCGGAGGAUGUCCCUGUUAUCCCGCGCAACAAUAAGACGACCUACGCCUCCAAUCGCACAAAGCGUGCCCGCACUGAGAAUGACGACGAGAGCAGCAAGUUCGUGACGUCCAAGACGCAGAAGAAGCAGAAGAAGCAAAAGAGGGUUGGCCGCGGAAAGCCGCGCAAGGCUAAGGACGACGGCGACUAGGUCACCUCGACUCUCCUCGGCGGCCACGUAUUGCAUUUCUGGAGUUCAAUACCCCGGAUUGACGGCGUUCUGGGUCGCUACGAUUUUCAUCAACG